AUGAAUCACCCCUGCUGCCCACAUGACACUACAAGACAACAACAACAAGUUGUUUACACGGCUGCAGAUGACAAUGACCUGCAGGAUGAAGGAGUGAAGCUGCUCUGUGCAGGACUAAGAGAACCACAAUGCAAGCUGGAGACACUGAGACUGUCUCUUUGUCUCAUCACACAUGAGGGCUGUUCUCUCUUGUCCUCUGCCCUCAAAUCAAACCCCUCCUACCUGAAACAGCUGUAUCUGAGCUACAAUCACCCAGGAGACUCAGGUGUCAGAGAGCUCACAGACAGACUGAAUGAUCCCGGCUGUAAACUAGAGACGUUGAGGUAUGACCAUGGAGGAGAGUGCAGGAUUAAACCAGGACCCAGAAAAUAUGCCUGUGAGCUCACACUGGACCCAAACACAGCACACAGAAGUCUCUCUCUCUCUGAGGGGAACAGAAAGGUGACACCUGUGAGGCAGCAGCAGCCGUAUCCUGACCACCCAGAGAGAUUUGACUCCAGGACUCAGGUGCUGUGUAGAGAGGGUCUGUCUGGACACCACCCAGAGAGAUGUGACAGUCUGGGUCAGAGUCUAGUCAGCACGGGUCAGUCUGGACGCUACUACUGGGAGGCUGAGUGGAGUGGUGGUGAUGUAUGGGUAGCAGUGGCCUAUAAAAGCAUGGAGAGGAAAGAGAGUGGGGUGAGUGGCGUCUUUGGCCGUAAUGCCAAGUCCUGGAGUCUGUUGUACUCUGAUAACAGGUACUCUGCCUGGCACAAUGAUAAGAAGACUGCCAUACCUGCCCCCUCCUCCCGCUCCAGCAGAGUAGGAGUGCACCUGGACUGGCCAGCAGGCACUCUGUCCUUCUACAGCAUCUCCUCUAACACACUCACCCACCUGCACACGUUCCACUCCACAUUCACUGAGCCCCUCUAUCCUGGGUUUUAUGUUUAUAACUCCUCAGUGUCCCUGUGCCAGAUCACAUGACCUCCUAAUCCUGCAGCAGAGGAGAGCCAUGUUCUGAUAUGCUUGAGAGUGAGAGGGAGGAAAGGGGAGUCCUUUCAUUUGAAUAAUAAAUAUGUAAUCUGUGAAUUGGUUAAAAUGUCUCUGGUUUGUAUAACAAAGGGGAACAGAAUGUAAUUCAUAGGAAAAUUGAAUACAAAUAAAGACAUUAAAUAAAAA